AUGGGCAAGGUUAUCUUCUACGAAGACAAGAACUUCCAGGGCCGUCACUAUGAGUGCAACAGUGACUGUCCUGAGAUGCAAAACCACUUCAGCCGCUGUAACUCGAUAAAAGUGGAUAGCGGUUGCUGGGUGGCCUAUGAGAAGCCAAAUUAUGGCGGAUACCAGUACAUGCUGCAAAAGGGCGAGUACCCCGACUACCAGCGCUGGGCCGGCUUCAAUGACUGCAUCCGCUCCUGCCGUAUGGUGCCACCUUAUAAUGGGAACUACAGGAUGAAGAUCUUUGAGCGGUCUGACUUUGGGGGUCAGAAUCUGGAGCUAAUGGACGACUGCCCAGAUCUGAACGAGCGUUUCCACACCCGUGACAUCUCCUCUGUCAACGUCAUGGAGGGCUACUGGAUACUGCAUGAACACCCCAAUUACAGGGGGCGCCAGUUCUUCCUGCGUCCUGGAGAGUACAGGAGGCACAGCGAGUGGGGAAGCAACAGCCCCACCAUCGGCUCUAUGAGACGCAUCACUGAGCUCAACUGA